AUGGUUAAUUGUGCCAACUUUUCUGACUCCGACACCCAAGUGGAUAUCCUGAUGACAUCUGAAACGCCUGAGCAAAAAAUUACUAAUCUUUUACAACAAGUGACUGAAAAGUUGGGAGAAUACUUCACAAAAAUUAUUGAGGAUAAAUGCAGCAGUUUGAAGAAGAAGGAUGGACUUUGGUUUAACGAAACUGUUGAAGACCUCAUAUCUGAAUUUGAAAAGAGUACAUCUGGGAAAUGUGCAGAGAUUCUUUCUCAGUACGACAUAAAUAGCAACGCUGAUUUAGUGAAAAUGGUUAAUAAAAAAAGACGCAAGAAUAAAUCAUGGCGACCUUCUGGAGAUCCGGUAAAAGACAUUAAAGCUUAUCUUCUCCCUGUCAACAUAUCUUUUGUGGAAGAUCUGUAUUGUCUUUCCCAGGAGUUACAGCCAAAAGCGAGUAAAGGUUUGGCCGACUUGAAAAAGCUGCGUGCUACCCUGUAUGAUGAAAUGAUUGAAUUAAAGUCGAUUCCAGAAAAAUUAGAAAAAUUAACAAAGAAGACAGAAUUAGGCGAACCGCAAAUCCCGGAUUAUUUUGAGCCCAACCAGACGUUGUCUCCCUCGAAAUGA